AUGGAUGACCCAAUACCGGAUACCAACCUGUUCCCUACGCCCAAUCAUCCUCUUCUGCAAAGGGUCCUUGAGGAUGGAACCACGACUACUUUCCCACCUACCGCGCUCGUAUUCGUCUCCAUGAUUUCCCAAGAAUAUGCCAUCGCAAUGAGCCCGAUGUUACUCCUCUCCAAAUCCUCGAAAGAACUCAACCGGACAGGCGCGCCCUUGAGCUCACCGUCUACCCAUCUUGAUCUCACCACCAUGCCCGAGGACAUGUUUAAGCUUCUCCUCCCAAUAUUACUGCAUAUCAUAACCGAUAAGCCAAGUACAACGGACUUCCAUGACCUGCAUGUCUUUGUUGAAGAAGUACCAAGGCUGGCCGUGAUGGCGUGGCAAUGGCUACGAGACGGCUCAGGCGCACGAUAUCUCAACAUGCACUUCAAGGCCUCGCAGCUCUACCCAGACUUCAAGACAGCCUACAACAAUGCAGAGCAAAUACGGCUCAACCGCAGAGCCAGCAACAUGACCGGUACCAACCAAAAGACCUACCUUUACAACUUUAUAUCGAAAUGUCAUUGCACCGGAUGCAUCGCAAUGGCAACCCAGCUUAAUGUCAUAGGAUACGACAUGUACGGAAAAUCCGCUCUUCAUGCCGCAAUCGAAGCAGUCCCUUUAUUCCCGGGCAGCGAAGGAGGUCUGGUACUAUGGUUGCUUGAUGAAAUCCUGAACACAGGGGUCAAUCCCAGACAUAUGCCCACAAGCAUCGAGGAAAUGUCCAUCCCACACCAUGUGGCGCGUAUGAAAGACCCACAAGUGUUUAUGGCGAUGGUCAAAAAGUUCUCAUCGAAAGGCUUCCCGAUACUUCUGUGGAAUGAUGAUGGUCUCAAGCUCCAGUUAUGUAGCUUCGCUUCUCGAUACAUGGCUGAGUGGCUGUGGCGGUAUGAAAAGUUCAAUAUUGCCUAUCUUCCUAGGAACACCCUUCCCUACCGUCUUCCGCCGCAGGGUGGUCCUAUUUAUGAUACUCUACCACUUCAUUACCUGUGGAACCGGGAUGCUGAAUAUGGUGACCCUAUUGAUCAUUCCUUUUUCGAUGGCGUACCUAAUAGGGCCGAUUUUGCUAUCGCUUAUGUGAAUGACCCAGAUAUUCAUCCUAGGUUUGGUGAACGGCCUACUGUCCGGAAUGACACAAACGACGAUGAUAGUGACAGCGAGGAGGAAGAAGAGUACUAUCCCAAUAGGUCACCCAGUCCCCAGAGGACACCCAGCCAGAAUCGCUCAGAUCCACCCAAUUGGAGCUCGAACGAAGAGCACUUCAACGAUCGAAGGCCCGAUACAUCUCGAACAAUUUGGCACCGGGCAAUUGAGAAUCCGAACGGUUCUGAUAUUCUGAGGUGGUUCAAUGAACACUCGGACGUGUCACCAAGGACAAGGAAUAAUUUCAAUAGACGCAACCACCCCGAGAGCAUUACGCCUCUACGCGCUGCCGUCAGAGGAAACCAGCCGGCAACCAAAUGGUUCUGUGACCAAUACGGGUUCGGGAAAUUAACACACACAGACGCAGCACUUUACGCCGCGCUCAAUAUGAACGCCAACUGUGUGCAGAUUCUCGAUAUCGUCCUGUCUCGUCUUGACAGAGAAGCCUGGCGUGAUACCGAAGGCGUCAAAAGAAUCUAUUGGUGGAUCAUCAUUGCAUAUAAUCGAGCCCAUAUGGAGUCGACCACGGAGCUGCCGCGCGGAUCAGAAAGGGAGACAAGGACGAGCAGAUUGAUAGAGGCCACCAAGGAGAAACUUCGCGUGCUCAAUCAGAAAUUGAGACCGUUUUGGGAUACUUUCCAAGAGUCGGUUCAAAUUCACUGGCUGCUUCGGUUCGUUGAGCUGCAAGAGGAGACAUGGAUUAGACAAGGUGUCCUUCAGCUUGAGAUCGAAAGGUCUUUCACCGAUGACUUUGAACAAGGUGCUGGGUUUUGGCGUGCUUCGUAUGACCAUGGGCCGGUUACCGAUCGGUAG